UUGGCGGAGGUUGCAAUGCCGCCAAUUUGGCCGGUGAGCUCCAAGCCUCCAACCGGCCGCCAUCUGAUUAGUCGACUGUGGAACGAUUGUUCUCAUAGAGAUGCUGUGGAUCGGCCACCUUUCUUUCGGAGCUAUCGAUGUUCGCCCGUCGCGUGGGAUUGGACUUUUGAGCUCGAUUUUAAAGGUGAUACAAUAUGUCGAUAACGAAUCAUUGGUCCAUUGCUUCUCCUCCACCACUUCACGCCAAAGUAAAAAAUCAAUCAUCUGUCCGUUUGAGAUUCUCGAAUGGGCCUGAUACGGAAGUUACAACAUUUAAGCAGGAUUCAAACAGAAGGUGUAAAUAUUUUGAUAUGCACAAACAGGUUGUUCCUUACACGGAAGCAUGGUCUUGGCAAAAAUCAAUUGUAGCUAGGAGACAAACUUUAGCAAGGAAAGAUGAAGAUAAUUCUGACAUGUUAUUAGUCCUUCAGCACCCUCCAGUUUAUACACUAGGGACAGGUAGUUCAGAGGAGCACUUGAAUUUUGAUAUACAAGAUAGUCCCUAUGAUGUUUAUCGGACUGAGCGUGGUGGGGAGGUCACAUAUCAUGGCCCUGGCCAGCUGGUUAUGUAUCCUAUCCUCAAUUUAAGGCAUCACAAAAUGGAUCUGCACUGGUACCUCCGGUCACUUGAAGAAGUAGUCAUCCGGGUCCUAUCGUCCACUUUCUCUAUAAAGGCCGCAAGACAUGAGAGUCUAACUGGAGUUUGGAUCGGAAACCAAAAGAUUGCUGCGAUUGGGAUUCGAGCUUCUCAGUGGAUAACCUAUCAUGGCCUUGCGCUGAAUGUUACCACAGAUUUGACUCCUUUUCAGUUCAUUGUCCCCUGCGGCCUACGCGACAGAGGAGUUUGUAGUCUGAAAAAUGCGUUGCAGACUUCACCAAACUGGAAUGUCGGUGAUAUGCCAUUGAUGGACUUGACACAUGAAUCCCUAAUGAAAGAAUUCUCUGAAGUUUUCCAACUGUCUCUCGACAUCCAGUGUGUUUCUGACAGUGACUAUAGUUUAUUCAGCAGUGACAGCGAGGAUUGUGCUUCAGUUUAACAAGUUAUUUCAACUAAAAAGAUUGCAUCAGAACUUUUUAUUAAGUGUAUGUAGUAAUACAGAUGGAUCAAGGGGAGGAGAAGGCAUCUGUCUCCAGCCAUAUGUCGUCGGCCAGAGCAUCAUUGCCGCAGUCAGCGUCCUUGCAGAGGAGGGGCAGUGGUGGCGGUUGAGUAAGACUAGUGUGGAACAUGUGCCUCCGGUGGCGUAUCCUUUGCAGCACGGCAUCCUUGUCGAGGGGGCGGCCGCCAUGUGGAAGGAGGCAGAGGCUGGUUGUUACAUCGCUUCCUAAUACCGGCAGCUGUUGUUUCUCCGGUGAGACAGAGGAAGAGGAGGGAGGCUUUGGGGGAAGAUUGAAAGCCAUGGCUGAAGGCAGAGUGCCCUCUCAUAGUCUCAACCAGUAGGAUUAUAUAGACUGAGAAAGAGUCUAAUUUGUCUAAAAUAUUCAUAAAUACACGCACACAAAUAGAACAUUGUUUUUUCGGCGUUUUUAUUUAUAAAAAA